AAACAGCUUGCACAACAACAGAGCUUCACAGCACAAAACAGACCGCUGCACCUUAGAGACAAAUUGAGAUUUAAUUAAUUUUUAAAGAACCAAGGAAUAAGAAAGCAUUCUUUAAUUGUAAAAGAGAGAGAGAGAGAGAGAGAGAGAGAGAGAGAGAGAGAGAGAGAGAGAGAGAGAAUACCGUUUAUUGUAAACUUUACGCUCAGAGGUGAUAUAUUAAAAAUGACGCACCAGUGUAGCUAUCCCCAGCACUCCAGAUAUUACACAUGGCUUGAUUUAAGAAUGUUGUCAAGAGCUCUCGGGUUUCCCAGUGAUCUGCUCGUUGAUUGCCUGCCGGCUGACACAGUUAAGAGAGCGGCGGGACUCUGCACUCAGGAUUUGCUGAAACGGAUUGAUUCUGGCUAUUUCACUGCUGAACUGAAUUUCUCCUAUAACAUGAAAAGUGGUCUCUACAAUAUUAAAGUCUUGAAGAAGAGUAUCAGUCUAUUAGACAGGCAGUUUCUUAGUUUUGAUGAGAUUAAGGAGGUGAGGCUGUCGUUCUCUACCUAUGAGGACCAGGAUCAGAGAGGCAUGCGGAUCAACCAGCGGACCCUAUUGAGGGCCCUCAAGAUGUGCGGAAGAGUGAUCGCUCCACUGAAGCUUGCGCACAGAAUUAAGCACCUGAAAAGCGGCUUUAUUGAGACGGGCCGCGUUCAGCUCUAUGAGUUCCUGGACCUGCUUCCUCUCUGUGAGUUACGAGACAAGAUCACGGUUCAGGACGACAGCGUUCAACCCACGGCCAAAAGUUUGAGGAAUAUCUACAAGCUAGAUGACAGGAGCUCCCUGUUGGGAACAGGAGAUGAGAAAGUGGCAAGACAUCUUAACGAGCGAUUUCAGCUAGAAGAGAGGGAUUAUGGGACAGUCACCAUGGCGAGCAAGAGGCUGAUGGAGCCACCAGUGCUGUCGUCCCACAGAACACAGCAGGUGAAAGAGGCCCAACUUGGAGAAUGCCAGUCAAACCCAUCUGGUAUGGGUCAGUAUAGAGAUCACUUCAGAUCCACAAGCGUCCCUAGAUCAAAGCUUUCUUCUGUUGAAAAAGCAAGAGCUCAAACAGCAAAUAGUGGUUGUGCUGCACAGUUUGGACAAGCUAAGGCUGACAGCUGGACAUGGGUGGUCCCUGUGCCGCAGCUGAGAAGUGACGAUUAUACAACAACCAGGCUUGAGCCAAUUGUGACAGAAGAAGAGCUGCAGGCAGCAGAGACAGCAAGACUAGCCCUUGAGUAUGACAUUAGCACCAUGGAAAAACGGUCUCAAUGGGAGUUGGACUGGAAGAUGGAUUACUACAUUCCCGGCUAUCGAGAGGCGAACAGGGAAAGACCUCAAUCAGUGCCUGUGGUGGAGGUCAAGCCAGUCAGGAAGAGAGCAGAUGCACCUAAUGUGUUCAAGAGGCUGUCGUCCUGCACGAAAAGGGGACCAUCGCCAUGCCAUGCAGCAGCAUGCAAUGCCUUCACACUAGGAAUAGCAGUCCUGUAGCAAAGUGUUCAACCUGAGAUCCACAGCGCACACUCCCCAAAGAACCAAGUGAGAAAGCCUGCAAGUGUCCUUGGUAUAUUAAUACAGUGCAAACAAGAGUUUAUUAACAUCAUGUACUUCUGAGGAUGGUUUGUUAUAUGCCUUUUUAAAAUAAUAAUAUGGGUACAUACCUAAUUGUAAUAUUGAAUACAUGGUUUUUAUAGAUUAAUAAUUAACCCUUGUACAGUGUAGAACAACCAACACUGAUUGCUUGAAAUUUAUUUUCCAAUAUUUUUUUUUUACUGUAA